UGUGGUGUUGACCUGUCUUCAGUGAGAGUAUGAGAAUAACCACAAAAUAUCCCCCCUGUAUGUUCUGUGGAGAAUAACCUCUGUGAUCUGUGAGUGUCUUUAUCUAUGUUGUUUGGCUUAAUUUAUAGACGAUCCAAGCACUUUUCUUACUGAAAUUGUUUAAUUUCAAAUGUACUUGAAACUAAAAUAACUAAAAAUUUAGAAUUCGGCGAGCUUCAGCGACAGGUUCAUCCCCAAUUUGAAUUGAAAAUUCCUGGAAAUCAAUGAAAUGUUUCUAUUCAAUGAUAAACGUAUUGCGUCAGGUGUGUUUUAGGACUUUACAAUUACAUUUACAUUGCUGGAGACUAAAUAGUGGCCAAGUCGGUAUCCUUUUUAACGUGAAACCACUGAUAAUUUACCAAUAAGAUUUAUUGGGAAAGUAUGGUUUUUCUUAAUAAAUCAAGUAGACACUCGGAAUGGAGGAAAACCGCAAAGAAAUUGAGAAGAAAGCGCAUUAGGCAAGCUAAAGCUCAAGCCAGGGAUGCGCAACUACGCAAAGUUGAAUCCCAACCGGAGUAUCAGCAAUUUCUUCGGCGGCAGGAAGAAAUAGAAAAAGAGCAGGCAGAGGAAGAACAACGACAAGCUGCCGAAAGGGAGGCGCAAUGGAGGAAAGUGGAAGAAGAAGCACAAGAACAGUGGCGCAAAUUGCAGGAGCGACUCGCACAGGCGAAGGAUGAGAGACUGAAGCAAAACUUGAAAAUACGACUUGAAUGGGAACGUGAACAAGAAAAGCUCAAAGAAAUACAGCUGGAGAAGGAACGAAAACUAGAGGAAGAACGCGCCCAACAAGAAAAACACGUAAAAGAACUGUUGGAUUUUCUCGAGCAAGGUGGAGACACUCCAGAACAUUUGAAGCGAACUAUGGAAACAAAUCCCGGAAAAAAACCAUGUCCGUUUUUUCAAAAAGUCUGCGCCUGUCGUUUCUUUGAUACGUGCUCAAGGAAUCACAUUAGACCCGGUGUAAGCAGCACUCUACUGAUUACCAACUUUUUUACUCAUAUAAGCCUGGAAGUGAAGGAAAACGAACAUGGCAGCGAUUCCAGCCUCGAGUUCGAAAAAGAGGACACGUUUAAGUAUUACAAGGAUUUUUUUUACGAUGUCAUCCUCGAGCUGGAGAAAUGUGGAAAAAUCAGACGGUUUGUAACCUGUUGCAACCACGAGCCCCAUUUGAGGGGGAACGUGUACAUUCAAUAUGAAACUACCCGGGAAGCUUUAAGUAGUUAUCACAAAUUUAACGGCAGAUUCUACGCUGGCAAACAGCUGAAUGUAGAGUUUUGCAGCAUUUCCAACUGGAGAAACGCUAUUUGCGGGUUGUUCUUCAGAAACAAAUGCCCGAAAGGGAACUCUUGCAAUUUUCUGCACAUUUUCCGCAACCCCAGAGGAUUGUACAUGCACGCCGAGGAGUUCCAUGAAUCAACCAGGCGAAAAAGACAUAGAAAGUUUGACGAUUCGCCCGAUAGUUCUCGACAUUCACACAAAGACGUAUGGAGAUGGUCUGAGUCGCCAGAGCGUCCCAUUAAUCUUGAAAAUCGCAUUGGAAAGUCUUUGCAACGCACCGACAGGUCAGCGAGAGAAGAAAAGAGGAAACCGAGGAAAAGAAACAGGUCCAGGUCAUCUGAUGAACGAACGCACAAAAGUAGGCGAAGCAAGAUCUAAUUGAAACACUAUUGUACAGAAUCGGUAUUUUAUUUCUUUCCCUUGGCCUGUAGAACGUGAAAUAAAAGCCCCAAUCUGCUAUGUUUAUUUA